AUGCCAGAAACAAGUGAUCUAGUUUCUGAACGUGUAGCAUCAAACAAGUCAUUGCACAUGGCAGUUCAAAUAUUGGAAGAUGAUGUGGAAGUUUUUGAAUGCGACAAUUCAUUCAAUCAGGGGAAAAAAUGUCAUUUGGCUCUGAAGAAUAAGCGGAAUGUGGUGGCAUAUGGCACGAUAGUAUCCGACGGAGGCCCAAAUGUAAUGUUGCACAAUGCUCCACUUGGGGAAGGCAACUUAAAGGUGUCUGUUGAUGUUGUUUUACAGGAGGAAGUAGAGCUUCCAAUUCCACUUAUGUCGGGACCAACAGUAAUGGUAGAUGCUGUUGGAACUGUGCUUGGCUGGCCAAAAGAAUUGGUGAUAUUUUCGACGACAAAGAAAAAGGAGAAACCUGCACCACCAUUUGCUAUUUUGGAGGUUCCUGAUGAGAAAAAUAAAUUCAAGGAAGUUGAAAGUGCUCUACCAAUGCCAUGCAAGUUUUUGUAUUCUUUUGUUGUUAGACUGAUGACUGAGGAGGAGACCAUUCCUAUCGAAUUUGAUGAAGCCAUGUUUGGACGUAAUGUGAGUACAUCGUUGUUGAGAGAGGAUAUCAUGCGCUGUAUGGAAAUGAGAGAGAUAGGGUCCAGGCAAAUAUUGGUUUACAUGGGUUACUUGUACAAGUGCUUGAAGGAAACAAACAGGGCUGAGAAUGUGUCGUUUGUGGAUCCCAACAAAAUACCAACCACUCAAGAUGGCAGUACCUCUUCACAACACAUUGCUAAUCAGUUGAAAGCAUCAAACGGAGACAGCAUAUGCCUUUUCCCAUACAACACUGGGAACCACUGGAUCUUGACCGUUAUAAACGAGGACAAAGAUACAAUUUAUUUGUUGGACUCAAUGGGUAAUAGGAACCGAGAUAACGCUUGGAAAAUUACAGUGUGCAAGUAUGUUUUAGAUUAUGUAGAUUCUGAAUAG